AUGAUGUUCCUACUACCUUGGGUUUUCACAGCAGCCUUUGUAUACAUCGUAAACACUCAAAGUGUUAUAGACGCUGAUCUUGGAAUGCCUCCCGAAUCAGUGCCACUGGUCAAUCCAGCUGUUACUCUAAGAUGUCACCGGGUUCCCUACAGUUACAGAGUGCAGCAGUCAGACGAGAACGGCAGGCAAUGCUGGGACGAAAUUACAGUCAUGGCGUGCUGGGGAAGAUGUGAUUCAAACGAGAUAUCCGACUGGCGUUUCCCCUUCAAGCGGUCCAACCAUCCUGUGUGCGUCCACCACGGCCGCACCAGAGUACUGUAUAAGCUGAAACACUGCGAGGAGGGUGUUAAGGAGGGCACCGAACUGUACGAGUACCUAGAAGCCGACCAAUGCAAAUGCCAGCUUUGCUCAUCUUCUGACACCAGUUGCGAGGGGCUCAGAUAUAAGCAUGGUAGGGAAGCGCUGGGAUUCCGUAUCAAUUUUUAAGUCUUGAGGUUAAGGUCUAGCUUAGUCGUCCUUUUAUCAAUGAAUACAGGCUAGCAGAACAAAUGUAUUCUACGUGUCUGUUUCAAACCGCCGCUCAAAGUCAAUCGAAGGCUUCUAAGCAGGCGGUCAAAAAUUAUGCGUUUCUGAUAGCUUGUGCAGCUUGUACUAACAACGAUUGGCUGACUGAAAUAGAAACUGCAUGCAAACGACUUCUAACUAAACUCUUCGUAUCCCAUAAACUUUGUUUCUACUGCAAAUGUGUUGAAAAGUUACUCGAAUUCUCCGUACUCGUAGAUACAAGUGACGAUCCAGGCACGAAAUGUGUUUUAUGCUUCAACCACCACAAACUCGUAUUGCCUGAAUACCCGUAGGUACCGUGGAGCUAUAGGGAGAUACAGGAGAAGGGAGGCGUCUAACGAGGGACACAUAUGCAUAUGCAGACAUUCUGGGCACGUCUCAGAGAUCCACCGGCUGGUACCUCCACGUUCGACGGUCUGUGGCGGAGGGUAAGCUGCGCAUAGAAUAAUACCUUAAAGAG